AUGUCCGUCUCCAAACCCCUCGCGACAGACGUCACCAACGCCCCGGCUUGUCCCCUCGAAUCUCUACCGAACGACGCCCUGGCAGCAAUCCUAUCAGAAUGCGCUUCUUUCGAGGACUUGUACGCAUUCAUAAGAGCUUCACCCGCCGCAUUCAUCUGCUUUCAAGCCACAAAACGGAGUCUUUUCAUCUCGAUUCUCUCAGGUCUUCUGGGGCCGGGCAUUCGAGACGCUGUCGCCGUUGCUGUCACUACAUCACUUGACCGCGAUCAGGAAGGAUUCGAAGAGAACGUCUCCGACGCCAUCGACCAAUAUCUGAAUCUGCCCGCCGGUGUAGCCUCCACCAAAGGCUUGGAGUUGUACAACGUAACCUAUCUGGUCAACUUCAACCGUACAGUUCAGUUUUGGGUCAACGAGUACUUCAGUCUUCGAGCGAACGUCUUCAAGGAGCACUGCAAAGACACGAUUAAGCCUCUCAGUCGCUCAGAGCGACAUCGCCUGGCGCAGGCCUUUGUUCGCUAUCAGCUUUUCAUGCGUCUGGACCCCGAGGCACUGCUGGAUCGCCCCAAUGGACGACCUCUGCUUCGAAGGUUGAUGGCACAGUAUGAAACAUGGGAAUUACACCAGGUGGAUGUAGUCGUUGAGCUUUUCAAGGAGGUCGUCAAGCAUUCAACUGAAAUCCCGUACAGAAAGCCGAAAUUCCGAGGGGGAUCAGCACUUUCUGCCGGCCGAUUCUUGGAAUGGCGACGGCAGAGAGACCAGAUGCGUGCCGGCUACUUGCGUGAUAUCGCGAUACUACGUCAUCAGGAGAUGGGUUAUCAGGACACGGCGAUUAGAGAGCACGAGCGCGACUCGGGAGACUGGCGAAGCGUGGAACGAGGCAACGUGUGGGAUCAACGUGGCACAAUUCCUCGCUUCGACCGCUCAUAUCUAUACAUAAAUUACCAUCUCGGUCUAUCCUCCAUCAUCAUGGUCGGCUUCAAGCGUCUCGCCCUUCUCGCGGCGGCCACCUGCGGCUUCGCUGCCCCCAUUGAGCAGCGUGACUACACCGUCCAGACUGUCCCCAACGGCUGGAUCGUCACCCUCAAGGAGGGCGUCCAGGCCCGCGACGUCGACAACCACUUGGACUGGGUCAGCCAGCUCGCCGCCCGCAACCUGAACAAGCGCGACUUCAAGGGUAUCGAGCGCAACUACUCCUUCAACAAGUUCCACGGUUACGCCGGAAAGUUCGACGAUGCCACCAUUGAGGAGAUCAAGGCCAACCCUGACGUCGUUGCCGUUGAGCGUGACCAGAUCUGGACCCUCUUCGCCAUCGUCACCCAGACCGGUGCUCCCUGGGGCCUGGGAACUAUUUCCCACCGCACCUCCGGCUCCACCUCGUAUGUCUACGACAACGCCGCCGGCACUGGCACCUACGCCUACGUCGUCGACUCCGGCAUCAACACCGCCCACACCAACUUCGGCGGCCGCGCCUCGCUCGGCUACAACGCCGCCGGCGGAGCCCACACCGACACCCUCGGCCACGGCACCCACGUCGCUGGCACCAUCGGCUCCACCACCUACGGUGUCGCCAAGCUCACCUCCCUGAUCUCCGUCAAGGUCUUCGUCGGCAACUCCGCUUCCACCUCGGUCAUUCUCGCCGGUUACAACUGGGCUGUCAACGACAUCACCAGCAACAGCCGCCAGGGCAAGUCCGUCAUCAACAUGUCUCUCGGCGGUCCUUCUUCUACCGCCUGGACCACCGCCAUCAACUCCGCCUACAACGCUGGUGUUACCACCGUCGUUGCCGCCGGUAACGAGGCCCAGAACGCCGCCAACGUCUCCCCUGCCAACGCCGCCAACGCCAUCACCGUCGGUGCCAUCACCAGCUCGUGGGCCAUCGCUUCGUACUCGAACUACGGCGCCGUUCUCGACAUCUUCGCCCCUGGCUCUUCCAUUCUGUCCACCUGGAUCGGCUCUACCACGGCGACCAACACCAUCUCUGGUACUUCCAUGGCUUCUCCCCACGUUGCUGGCCUGGUUAACUACCUCCAGUCCGUCGAGGGCCUGAGCACCCCCGCCUCGAUUGUUGCACGCAUCAAGGCGCUCGGCACCCCCAGCAAGAUCACCGGCACCCUCAACGGCAGCCCCAACCUGAUCGCCUACAACGGCAACGGCGCGUAA